AUGAAUGUGUUGAAGUUACAAAAGAAGUUCCCUAUUUUGCAGCAGUCUGAUUUAUUCAAUAUAAUUGAAGAUUUCAGAGCCAUUGAUACUGAUGAUAAAGGCUGGGUUGAGAAAAAGGAUGUUAUAAACAGUGUUAGCAAAAAAGGUGAAUAUUCUUAUGAUCAAGCUAGAGAAACUUUGAAGCAUGUUGAUGUUGACGCGUCGGGACACGUUGAACUAGACGAUUAUGUUGAAUUAAUUGCGAAACUAAAAGAGUCUACCCUUGACGAUACAAGAGCAGAGGGUGCUACCAAAACCUCCUUUUCCUCCUCCUCCUCCAUCUCCUCACCACCACAGCAGAAUGUUGUUUCUCCCGGUAGAAAAAAGACUGCGCCCCCUGUGCCCACUGCAAACACAAAGAACAAGACAUAUAUUGAAGGGAAGACGUCGGGGACUACUCACACUAUCAAUGAUGAAGAAAGAACCGAAUUUACCAGACACAUCAACUCGGUUUUGGAGAAUGACUCGGAAAUCGGAGAUAGAUUACCAUUUGAUACAGAGACAUUUCAAAUAUUCGACGAGUGUAGAGAUGGUUUGGUUUUGAGCAAAUUGAUCAAUGAUUCUGUUCCGGAUACCAUUGAUACAAGAGUGUUGAACUUGCCAAAGGGCAAGAAACCAUUGAACAAUUUCCAAAUGUCGGAAAAUGCAAAUAUAGUUAUCAACUCUGCAAAGGCCAUUGGAUGCGUAGUGGUUAAUGUUCACUCCGACGACAUAAUUGAUGGGAAAGAGCAUUUAAUCUUGGGGUUGAUCUGGCAAAUUAUAAGAAGAGGUUUAUUGAGCAAAGUAGAUAUCAAGUAUCACCCUGAGUUGUACCGUUUAUUAGAAGAUGAUGAGACUUUGGAACAGUUUUUGAGAUUACCGCCAGAGCAGAUUCUUUUACGUUGGUUCAAUUAUCAUCUAAAGAAUGCCGGGUCUAACAGAAGAGUAUCAAAUUUUGGUAAAGAUGUUUGCGAUGGUGAAAACUAUACUGUAUUAUUAAAUCAGUUGAAACCGGAACUAUGCGAUUUGUCGCCGUUAAAGACAAAGGACUUGCUAACAAGAGCAGAACAAGUUUUAGACAACUCAGACAAAAUUGGUUGUAGAAAGUACUUGACACCAAAGUCUUUAUGCUCUGGUAACCCCAAGCUUAACUUGGCUUUUGUUGCCAAUUUGUUCAAUACUCAUCCAGGAUUGCAGCCAAUAGAAGAGCACGAACAUAUUGAAAUUGAAGAGUUUGAUGCCGAGGGAGAAAGAGAAGCUAGAGUAUUUACCUUGUGGUUAAACUCGUUGGAUGUCGACCCUCCAGUUGUUUCCUUGUUUGAAGAUUUGAAGGACGGAUUGAUUUUGUUACAAGCUUUUGAUAAGGUGUUACCAGGAAGUGUUUCCUUCAAGCAUAUCAACAAGAAGCCAGCUAAUGGAGAAAUGUCCAGAUUCAAAGCUUUGGAAAACACAAAUUAUGCCGUGGAGAUUGGUAAGGCAAAUGGUUUUUCGCUCGUUGGUAUCGAAGGGUCAGAUAUUGUGGAUGGAAAUAAGCUAUUAACCUUGGGACUUGUAUGGCAGUUAAUGAGAACAAACAUUAUCAACACGUUAGCCGAAUUGGGCAAGGGAGGUGGUCAUUUGACUGAUGCAGAUAUUUUGAAAUGGUCCAACCAGCAAGUUUCUAAGAAUCCAAACAAAACAUCACAAACCAUCCGUUCGUUCAAGGAUAGCUCAUUGUCAAAUGGUGUUUACUUGUUGGAUGUUUUGAAUGGUAUGAAACCAGGUUAUGUCGAUUAUGACUUGGUCUACCAAGGCGCAAACAUCUCAGAGGAAGAGAAAUACGCAAAUGCCAAAUUGGCUAUCUCGAUUGCAAGAAAAUUAGGCGCAUUGAUCUGGUUGGUGCCUGAGGAUAUAAACGAAGUUAGAAGUAGGUUAAUCUUAUCGUUUGUAGGUAGUUUAAUGGCAGUUGCUGAAAAGUAA